GUAGGGUCCGAGCUGUGGCCUGGGGCCUCAUGACGUCAUGGGGCUUGUGACGCCGCCAGAGUCUCAGUGACUCGGGCCACUGCGGGGGAUGACGUCACCGCCGGGACCAGCGCGGAUAAAUGUGCGCGAGAGGAAUCGCGAGGUUAGCAGACCGAGUCACCCCGAGAAAGCGAGAACUUAACAGGCGCUGAGGACACCGGGGUCCGCAGCCCCGGGCGGGGUGCGCACCCCCCUGGCAGCCUGGCCCCGCCCACGCGGGACCGGCGCGGACCAGCCAAUCCUAGGAGGCCGUGGAGCCGCUCAGCCUAUCAGCGUCCAGCGCUCGGAGUCGCUUCCGCGUUCGCGGGCGGGCGCCUAGCCUCCGAUCCGCAGCGGGGGUGGGGGGGGGGCAGUGAGAAGAGCCCGGCGGUCAGCCGCUUCCCACCCACCGGCCUUCGCGGGUCUGCGGGGAGCCUGUCCGUCGCCUCCCUGGCGACCCGAUGGCCUCGGAAGGCCUGGAGGGGACGCUGACAGCCGUGCUGGGGGGGCAAGGGCUCCGCGUGCAGGACUGUGACUCGGAGCCGAGCGGGGAACCACUGGCGCCCGCGACGCUGCGGAAGAACGUCUGCUACGUGGUGCUGGCCGUGUUCCUCAACGAGCAGGAUGAGGUGCUCCUGAUCCAGGAGGCCAAGAAGGAGUGCCGAGGGUCAUGGUACCUGCCCGCAGGGAGAAUGGAACCUGGGGAGACCAUUGUGGAGGCCCUGCAGAGGGAGGUGAAGGAAGAGGCGGGGCUGCUCUGUGAGCCCCUCACCCUACUGGCUUUUGAGGAGCGGGGCCCCUCCUGGAUCCGCUUUGUGUUCCUUGCUCAGCACACAGGUGGACUUCUCAAGACCACCGAGGAAGCAGAUGCGGAGUCCUUGCAGGCUGCCUGGUACCCGAGAACUGCCCUGCCCACACCCCUGAGAGCACAUGACAUCCUGAGCCUGGUGGAACUGGCUGCCCAGUACAGCCAGCGAGCCAGGCACCCUCCUAUUCUUCCCCAAGAGCUCCCCUGCAGUAUGGUCUGCCAGCGGCUUGUGGCCCUCUUCACCAGUGCCCAGACGGUGUGGGUCCUGGUGGGUGCAGCAGGCAUGCCUCACUUGCCCAUCACUGCUUGUGGCUUCACCCCCAUGGAACAGAGGGGCGGCAUCAAGAUGGCUGUUGUGCGUCUGCUUCAGGAGUGUCUGACCCUGCACCACCUGACUGUCGAAACCAAGGGCUUGCUUGGAUUGCAGCACCUGGGCAGAAACCACAUUGAUGGCAUAUGCUUGAAUGUGCUGGUGAUGGUGGCUUUUCGGAACCCAGGUGUCCAAAAUGAGCCCCCAAAGGUGCGGAGUGAAAACUACUUUUGGUGGAAGGUCAUGGAGGAAGACCUAAAAAAACAGCUUUUGCAGAGGCUUCAGGAUUCUUCUGUCAUCCCCAUCAACAGAUAGGAAGGUGCCACCAGUGGGCAUGGUGCUGGGUGCUGUGCUUCCCUGGCAUGGGAAGCUGGAGGUGGGCAGUUCUGAGUCUCACGGGACUUCCUGUGGCAGGUACCUACAUUGCACUGAAGGCUCAGGUUCUCCAACCAAACAAGCCCAGAACCUGGGGACCCAAUGACCUCAGAGCACAGAGACACUCAGGCGGUUGUGGGGACUUUCAGACCUGAGAUAGCAUCCCCUCCUCAUUGUCUGUGCUCAUUGCAGUGAAGGCUACAUAGGGGUCCUCAGAUGCUGAGUUCUGGGAAGGGUUGCUGGUGGAGGUCAUUCCACAGGAGUGGGCCUCAUGCUUAGUAAACAGGUAUUGCUUA